CGGACUGGGCGGCUGCGAGCGAGCCGUGAACCCGGCGGGCGGCGGGCGCUCGCGCACCAUGGGGGAGAAACCCGGGACUAGGGUCUUCAAGAAGUCGAGCCCUAACUGCAAGCUCACUGUGUACUUGGGCAAGCGUGACUUUGUAGAUCACCUGGACAAAGUGGAUCCUGUAGAUGGUGUGGUGCUUGUGGACCCUGACUACUUGAAGGACCGCAAAGUGUUUGUGACCCUCACCUGCGCCUUCCGCUAUGGCCGUGAAGACCUGGAUGUGCUGGGCUUGUCCUUCCGCAAAGACCUGUUCAUCGCCACCUACCAGGCCUUCCCUCCAAUGCCCAACCCACCCCGGCCCCUCACUCGCCUGCAGGACCGGCUGCUGAGGAAGCUGGGCCAACAUGCCCACCCCUUUUUUUUCACAAUACCCCAGAAUCUGCCCUGCUCUGUCACUCUGCAGCCAGGCCCAGAGGACACAGGAAAGGCCUGUGGCGUAGACUUUGAAAUUCGAGCCUUCUGUGCCAAAUCACUGGAAGAGAAAAGCCACAAAAGGAACUCUGUGCGGCUGGUGAUCCGAAAGGUGCAGUUUGCCCCAGAGAAACCCGGCCCCCAGCCUUCAGCUGAAACCACACGCCACUUCCUCAUGUCUGACCGGUCCCUGCACCUUGAAGCUUCCCUGGACAAGGAGCUGUACUACCACGGGGAGCCCCUCAAUGUCAAUGUCCACGUCACCAACAACUCCACCAAGACUAUCAAGAAGAUCAAAGUCUCUGUGAGACAGUAUGCCGACAUCUGCCUCUUCAGCACUGCCCAGUACAAGUGUCCCGUGGCUCAGAUCGAACAAGAUGACCAGAUAUCUCCCAGUUCCACGUUCUGCAAGGUGUACACCGUAACCCCACUGCUCAGCAACAACCGGGAGAAGCGUGGUCUUGCCCUGGAUGGGAAGCUCAAGCAUGAGGACACCAAUCUGGCUUCCAGCACCAUAGUGAAAGAGGGUGCCAACAAGGAGGUGCUGGGGAUCCUGGUGUCAUACAGGGUCAAGGUGAAGCUGGUGGUGUCUCGCGGUGGGGAUGUGUCAGUGGAGCUGCCUUUUGUUCUUAUGCACCCCAAGCCCCAUGACCACAUUAGCCUCCCCAGACCCCAGUCAGCUGCUCCUGAAACAGAUGCCCCUGUGGACACCAACCUCAUUGAAUUUGACACCAACUAUGCCACAGAUGACGACAUCGUAUUUGAGGACUUUGCCCGGCUUCGGCUGAAGGGGAUGAAGGACGAGGACUAUGACGACCAGUUCUGCUAGGAAGCGGGCUGGAGAAGGGAGUGGAUGAUGCUGGGAGAUACGCACUGGACCCAUCUCUUGUUGAAAACGGGCAUUAAUUUUUUGACUUCAGCUGUGCUUCCCCAACCCCCCAAUGGGUGGCAAGCUGUGUUCAUACCUAAAUUUUUCAGAGGGGGACGCUGAAAAGAGGAGCGAUAGUAGGAAAAGAGGGGAGAGAGAACUGCACAUUCAACCUCACCCCAACAUUUCCUCUUGUCACUAUCUGCCUCCCAUUCCUUCAAGCCGAGGCCCUUUGCAGGGGCAAAGCCACUUCUUUGUUUCUGAGCAUAAAGAAUAAACUUUUUAAUAGGCA